AUGGGUGAAUUUAUUGAAGAUGCCAACAAUGUGAGAUCAUUUGAUGUUGAUCAGUCAGAUGAGAUUUCUCAACCAUGUCGUGUCCUUCCUACUACAACACUUGAUGAUCCAAAUAUACUUGUUGAAUCAUCUUAUUAUAAAGAAAUCAGCAUGCCUCGACGAGGAUCCAUAUUAGAUUCUAGGAGUGACAGGUCUACUUCAUCCAAGUCAUUUCAAACUACAUCAAGGCAUAAUAACAAAGGAUCCACAUUUCAUCAACCUGUGUAUCAGAACGUAAAUGAGUAUUAUAUACCCACUUUGGGGAGUACACAUCCUCCUCCACAUGAUUAUGGGAGGGUUGAUGCAUAUCAAUAUUGUGAGGGCUUUCGUUUUCAAGAUUUGCUUCAAACUCAAGGAGGUUUCUCUCGAGAUAACCAACUUGUUUAUGGAGGACAUAAUUUAUAUGGGACUUAUGGGAGAGUUGAUGGUAAUGAUGAUGAUGUGAACAUUAGAAAUGAAGAUGAGGGAGACGGUAGUAAUGAGAGAGGUGUAUGUGAUGAGAGAGAUGUAUGUGAUGAGGAUCAAGAUGGUGUUCCAUCAUAUCACGGUUCAACGUCUUCUCCAUACAAUUAUGAUCAAAGUGUUAAAAGGAAGGGUUUUGACACGCCAAUAGAUCCAAUAACAAGAAAAAAAGAGCUUUGUUUGUAUGGAACAACAGAGUUUAAUAACGCAUCGUGUGGCCGUGCAAUCGGAGAUAUUUUGAGGUCCAAUUUUAAGGGAGCAUGGCACUCUUGGGAAAAAGUAGAUCCAAUGUGCAGGGAUGAACUCUUUAAAGAGUUUAAGAAAAAAUAUUCCUUUCCUGAGGAAGAUGAGUCGAUUGUUCGUAAUAUUUGGGAAGAUAAGGCUAGGAUAGCUUUGAAUCAACAAUUGACACGAGCUCGCAAGAAAGCCAUGUCAAAAGAAAACACUACAAAUAUUAUAGAUUGUCUUGAUAAAGGUCCUGCCUGGAUAAACAAUGAUAACUGGAAUCAAAUGAUCAAAGAUGUUUGGUCCACCCCUGAAUUUCAAAGGAGAUCUGAAUCUGCUAGGAGGAAUCGAUUAACCAAAACAGAUGGCAAAAUAAGCACUCAUUCUGGAGGAACAGUGUCAUUUGCAUCAUAUCGAGCUAACAUGCAAGAGGAAGCUGGUGGAAAAGAACCUCCAUGGGAUGAUGUCUUUUCAGCUUUGCAUCAAAGUAUUAAGCAAUCUGGUAGCUUCGUCGACAACAAGUCUAAAAAAGUGGUUGAAAAUUAUAAAAUGGAGAUGAUUUCAAAGUAUGGAACUGAUCGGGAAAAUCAUCCUUCAUUUGAUGGAGCAGCUUGGUGUGUGGCUUCAGGAGGAGUUACAAAGGGUAGGGUAUAUGGUGCACCUCGUAUGCCAAAAUCAAAAGUUAGUACAAGCUCUUCAUCACAUUCCUACUCGGUGGAGUCAUCAUAUCCCAGUUCAUCGUAUCGAGCAUUGCAAAAGGAGAUAAAGGAUAAAGAAGAAGAGAUAAAGAAAAAAGAUGAUUUUAUUCUUGAAAUGAAACGGCAGAUGGAUUCCAUGAAAGAAUAUCUUGUGAACAAUCUUGGAUACCAUGGUGGGACAUCAAAUAUUAAUCAAGGUAUGCCACCACCUUUGACUCCAUCAAUAUCGCCACCUAUGGCUCCUCAGAUAAUGACACCUAUAGUUGCCGAGUCCAGGGCAGACUUUGACCAUCUCUGUAGUGAAGUACAUGAUGCUAUUGAGUCACAUCAUUAUGUGCCAAAUGUAUCAAUAUCUGAUACUAUAGCCUCUACACUUGCUAUUCAGAUCACUUUAUUUCCAAAUAAAGGUUUUUGCAUCGGCCACACCACUAACCAUGCUGUUCUUGAUGGCUUGAGCGUAUCCUUCUUCAUGAAUGCAUGGGCUCGCAUUUGCAAACAGUUAGUCGAUGAAAAUAUGGAAAACCCUAGCUUGUUACCGGAAGAAUUAACCCCGUUUUUCAAUCGAACAGCUGUUCAGGAUCCAGAAGGGUUAGACAUGUCGUACUUGAAAUUCUGGCUGGGAGUGAAAUCUCCAGGUUCUGAUAACAAUCCUAGGAGUUUGAAAUUCUUCCCAAGGGUUAGACAUGUCCUCGAACUUUCUCGUGAAGACAUACAGAAGCUUCGGAAAACGAUAAACUCUCAACUUGAUAAGCUUGGAUCUAAAGAGGAAGCAAAUCAAACAAAGCCAAUAUAUUUGUCGACUUACGUGCUUGUAUAUGCAUAUACAAUGGUUUGCAUGCUUGAAGCAAAAGGCAUAAAUAGCAAUGAUAAGAUUAAGAUUGUGAUUCCGGUAGACUGUAGAGCCCGUUUAAACCCUCCAUUACCUAAGAAUUAUAUUGGUAAUUGUGUUAGCUCCUUUGAUGUGGUUGUGGAAAGAGAAGAUCUCAUGAAAGAGAAUGGGGUUGCGUAUGUUGCGAAGAGGCUUACUGAGAUGAUAAAAGGAUUAGAGAAUAGAUCAGUUCUCGAGGGAGCAAAGGAGAGGAUACCAUACACUGAUUGGGAGAAAUUUACUCAAACGGUUCGAGCUGUUGGGACAAACCGAUUUGGGAUGUAUGGGGCAGAUUUUGGAUGGGGGAAGCCAAGCAAUGUGGAGGUCACGACAAUAGCUAGAACUGGUGCCUUUUCUAUUAUGGAGAGCAAAGAUGAAGGUGGUGGAGUUGAAGUUGGUUUAGUCUUGAAGGAGCAUGAGAUGAAACUAUUCGGUUCUCUAUUUACCAGAGUUAAGAUUUCUCAGUCUACAUGUUAG